ACACACACACACACACACACACACACACACACACACACACACACAGCCCAAAAGCCACAGGAAAGAAAGGGUUUGCUUAUAAAUACAAAUAUAAAGAUUGCGAACUUGAAAAAGCGAACGCAAACAGAAUUCUCGUGAGCUCACACACACACACACACACACACACACACACACACACAAAAUCCCCAGAAAACAACAACAACAACAACAACGAUAUUUGCUCACGAAGACUUGUCCAAAAUCAACAUUGUGGACUUAACAAGUGAAUAUCAUUAUCGUGAGUUGCCAAAGCGCGAAUAAGCAGCAAUACCUCUUUGACUUAACCCUUUCACGGUGAUAAUCAAUAAUAUACAGCGCCAGAAGCAGUACAUGGAGUCUUUAUAAGCAUCUACAGUAGAACGUGAAUUUAAAGCUAGUCAGAGUUCCCUUUAAAUCAAUUACACAGACGGAAAUGUAACGUAAUUCUUUCACUGCGAUACGAGACAAUUAACACAAGAAGAUACGAGACAAACCACAAGAAGCAAUGCAUGUAAUCUUUAUAAGCAUCUACAAGAAAGAAGGGGAUUAAAAAAAAGAAUAGAUUUUUCAGCUUCUACCCAGUUUAAUGAUUGGAGGUGGCUGCGGAACAUGUGAAGAUGUCUCAGUGAUUAGUGAUGAAGGAAAGAUGUAUCAGGGAUAUGAGGUCGUGGGUGGCUGUGGUGUGCCUGUGGGCGGCCGUGGGCGUGGAAGUGGGCUCAGCGCGGUCCCAGGGCCUGUUUGGAAGGGACCUCCUUCGUCCUGACCGUAUUGUGGGAGGGGAGCCCGUCGAGAAGGGUAAGUUUCUGUGGCAGGUGUCUCUCCAGAAUCACCAGCGGCAUUUCUGUGGGGGCACGCUCAUUGCUCCUAACUGGGUGGUGACCGCGGCUCACUGUGUGGAAAAUGAUCUGAGAAAGGACAUGACAGUGGUGACAGCGGCGUGGGACUUGGAGGAAAGCUCUGAGCAGCGCCGCCAUAGAGUGAGGGAGAUAGUAAAGGGUCCCUAUAACUCCGUCACGCUGGAAAACGACAUUGCGCUUCUGUGGAUAGAGGAAGAGGAGGCCACAGCGCGCAGGAACGAUCUCCCCCACGGCACCCCCAUGACCAUUGAGACCAGGAGGGACCGCGGAGCAGGGGUGAAGUGUCUCAUCUCCGGUUGGGGCAGGCUGUCUUCGGGGGGGAAGCUGACCCCUGUGUUAAUGGCGGCUGAUGUGGAGUUGCGCACCGACAAGGAGUGUGGGGCAAUAUUUGCUCGUCACACCUUCUUCUCUGUCUACCCCAGCAACGUGUGCGCGGGGGGCGGGAAGAAGGACGCGUGCCAGGGUGACUCCGGGGGCCCCAUGGUGUGCUGCAAGGGGGACACCAUGGACCCCUCGCAUUGUACUUUGACCGGCAUCACUUCUUGGGGCAUCGGGUGCGCAACAGAAGGUGUCCCGGGCGUGUAUACUGAGGUUGCUUACUACGCCGACUGGAUCAAGACGCAGGUGAAGAAGUUGGACAGGAAAAAAUCGAACGGUCUCACUUUCUAUGGGGAGAAAAAUGAAAGAGAAUAAUAAGUGUAAGCAUGAGGUGAAAAUGUAUUAGGGGUUUAUUAAAAGAAAGAAAAAAAAAAUGAGGUGACUGGGAGGAAUCGAGCGCCCUUUGUUGUGUGGGUGCUGGCUUGCGGUGUGCUGACGGAGGGAAGGUCUAAUGGGGCCCCAGGUGAUUCAGUGAAAGGGUUAUGGUGGUGCUGAUGUGUGUGAGGGUGUACAGUACAUAAUGGGUGCCUUUCCUAUUCCUUUCUAUCGCUGACUUUAUUUUUUUUAGUAAGAUUUUAUCGUUUCCUUAUUUUUCUUUAUAUCUGAGAAUUUUUAUAUUUUUCCCUUGUUCUUUUCUAUCACUAACUUUUCCUCUUUUUUUUUCUUUUCCCUUAUCAUAUUACAGUAUUUUCCUUAGCCAUUUCUUGUCACUAAAUGGUCUCUUUACUUUCCCUAUUUCCUAUCAUGUAUCAUUCCUUUAAACAUGAACUCCCUGCCUGUUUCUGUAUUUUCCUCUUCCUAUGACAUGUACUCUUAAACGAAGGGGGUUUCGAGACACUUAUCCCCCUCCAACACCCUCGGUCUGCCGCGCCUUCCUGUCACACACGCUCCUGUCACCCUCCACUGCACCCAUAAACCUCUUCUUUGGUCAUUCUCUUUUCCUCCUCACGUGAUUAUGUAGGUUCCUUUGUAGCACCUUUGAGAUACGUAUUCUUCAACUUUGGGUGUUAUCAUGAGGGUAUGGCACCUCAGUUGGCAUUUUUUUCCUUUUCUUUCUUUUUUUUUUGUUAUCCUUGGUCAGAGCCCCUUUUACAUGAAAUAGAAAAGAAAAUAAUAAUAAUAUCACUGUCUUAUUCUCUUUAAAAUAUUGUAAUGCCUCAAAUUGACUUCAAAAUUUUUAUCUUAAUGGGGUAAACCGCCAUUAAGUCACCAGGAUUCGAACUCGUGACAAGAAACUCCAGGUACACAACUAAACCAGUGAGCCAGUUAAAGAUAUCAGUGGUUCUAAGUGGAGUUUAGUUAAUCUCAAUUGUUUCCCUUAAAAUUAUAGUGUAAUCUUUUGGAUGUUUUGGGAAAAUAAAAAAAGAAAAGAUUA